CAAGCGAGGAACAUGUGCAUAAUGUGCGUCACACGUUGAACUUCCUCUGGGAAAAAGUUCCUACAGUAUGAAAAGUAAGAGAGUAUAAAUACGAGUGAGAUUGUCAAAGAAAGGGUUGAGUUGUGAAUGUGUUGGAAUGAAUUGUGAAAGAGUGCGAAAGUUUGUGUGAGAAAUUGUAGAGUGUUUGUAUAUCGAUAGCAGUGAUCAGUCAUAUGUAACGAAUGAUAAAAGAAUAAAAUUUGUGAAAACCGAAAGCAUACAGUCCCAUUAUAUUCGAGAACCAGCAAAGGAAUAAAUCUCACGGGGAGAGUUUAUAACACCAGGGUCUGACGCAAUCUGAUAGAACGCGCUGGAAGACCGAACUAGUUCAAACUGGAUCAGUUAAUUUUGGUAGACAAGUUGGUUGUAGAAGGUUCGCUUCUCGGAUCUUUUGUUAAAUUGCGUAUUUAGCUGUCAACUUUUCCGUCGAUACCAUUUUGUGACUUUCAAAGUCAAGGAUGUUUGUUCUGGUGAGUUUUUUACAUUUUAUUUUGACAUAUUUUUUUCUUUUAUAGCGGUCUAACAAAAUCGUAUUUGAUUCAUGUUUAAUGCCGUUGUACUUGCUGUAUUAGUUUGCUUGGCUCUUCGACACAAGUAUCGAUCGAUAUAUUUAUUAUGUGCUAUAUUCAAUCUAUCGUGAUGAAGGUCAAGGCUAUGGAAAACGCCCAGAAAAUUCCAUGGCUGAAGCUUUAGGAAUUUAAAUAAUUCGUGUUUUUACGUUUACAAAUCUUGUACAGAACGUUGCACAUUUUAAAGCUGGCCACAAAUACAGAUUCUACUUAUUUCGCUAUUUGAAAUUAUUUUAGUUUAGCAGAGAACUUUUACUGUUAUGUUCUAACGUUUUUGCGUCAUUGACAUAUAUAGUAGAGUCACAAGACUCUCAAUGACGUUUAAUAUUUUAUCUUCGUUAUUAAAAAACAAUGUUAAGGUCCACACAGACCGAACGCGAUUCAACAACGCGACGCAAAUUUUCAGUUUUUAAAAACAAAUAAAACCGUCAACGGAUAAAAAUUUUACAAGAUAUGCAGACCAAAAAAAGUAGAAAAAUAGUAAAGUUAAAGGUCAUUGAAAAUUGAAAAUUCGCGUCGCGUUACCAACAAGUUAAACCGUUAAACCUAUUGCUUUGUUUUGCAAUAUUAGGGCCAUUUAUACGAGCGAAAAUAAGCCGCGGCUUAAAUAAUUCGCGAACGACUCGUAUAAACAGUCAAUUUGCAAUAAGCCGCGGCAAAUUUAAGGUCUAUACAGACCGGACGCGAUUUGGCAACGCGACGCGAAUUUUCAGUUUUCAAUGACAUUUAACUUUAAUAUUUUUCAGUGUUUUUCAAAUAUUCGGGACCACUUGAGCAAUUUUAGCUAUUUGGUCUGCAUAUCUUGUAAAAUUUUUACCCGUUGACGGUUUUAUUUGUUUUUGAAAACUGAAAAUUCGCGUCGCGUUGCCGAAUCGCGUCCGGUCUGUGUGGGCCUUCAGGCCUAGCUUUCAAGCCUGGGCUAUAUUUUAGCCGCGGCUUGCCAACAAAUUGACUGUUUAUACGAGUUGUUCGCGACUUAUUUAAGCCGUGGCUUAUUUAGGCCGCGACUUAUUUUCGCUCGUAUAAAUGGCCCUGUUGUGCUUCAUAUAUAGGCUAACACUAAAACUUUAUAAAAUGUUUUAGAUAUAGUAAAUAUAUAGAAGGGAGGUAAAAUGUAUAAGGUUAGUUGGACUUAUAGGGGAAAUAUGACGUUUUAAUUACUACAUAUUUAGUCCUAAAAUGGGCCCUGGGAAAUUUAUUAUAACAACUUUCCAAUUUGCCGUAUAGAGGGAAGGUUGUAUCCCAUUACUCAUUAGCCUUCGAUAGGUGCAGGGCAGUGUAAAAUAUUGUAUGGCACAUUUGGCUUUAUCAUACCUUAAAUUUCUAAUAUUUUGACCACAGGAAUUAUGAAAUAAAAAUCUUUAUUUUUUCUAUUUUUAUAGGGAGUGAUCUUUUUACUGUCAUGUUCUAUGUCUCAGUCCAUGCCGUGUGAUCUUACAAAGGAACACCCUGUGAUAGACAAGACGUCUAACAAAACUUUGGGUUGUAUGAAAUGUAGAACUUGUAAAUCAGGAAAGGAACUAAAGAUACCAUGUGGUACACCUGUUGGCAGGUUUGAGCAGGUUGGAGAUUGCAGACCGUGCAAGAAUGGAACGUACUCUGCAACAGAAGACUCAAGGGAGUGUCAAGUUUGUCGUAGUGAAAAGUGUUUCAAACAUCAAGUCAUUAAGGGGACAUGUCUUACUAAUCGGAGAGAUGAGACGUAUUGCAUUGACAAAUGUGACAAUGGCUAUGUAAUGAACAAGGAGGGAACUGCUUGUGAAGUCUUGACACCACAGCAGAACACACCAGAGAAGCCUACAACAAGCAAUCCUACAACAAGUAACCCGACAGCAAACCCUACAAGAAACAACCUUACAACAAGCAACCCUACAACAAGCAACCCUACAACAAGCAAUCCUACAACAAGCAAUCUUACAACAAGUAACCCGACAGCAAACUCUAUACAACAAGCAACCCGAAACAAGCAACCCCCGACAACAAGUAACCCGACAACAAGCAACCCCCUACAACAAGCAACCCGACAACAAGCAUGACACUCGCAGAGCAGUCGAACAUUUGUUAGUAUAGAUAACUAUCAGCCUUUAUUUUAUUACAUAAUUGGUUUAAUAUGACAAGUGUAUAUCAUGACACACAAACCAGUAGUAAUCACCCGUUCACGUUGUUUAGAGUUCUUUCAUUUAUAGAAACAGUCUUUCUGACUGAUCCUGACUGGGGGACGGGACGUGAAUUUUUUUCUUGAACAAAGACAAAGUCAAAAGGUCGAAACUCGAAAGCCUGUUAAAGAACAUAGUUUAUAAUAAACAUGAACAUAGUUUUCCACAAUUCAUGUUUAAUAAAAGUUUCUUUUCCAACGUUUUGAAAUAUACAGCGGGUUAUAAAAACCCAGGGCAGGUUUAACGCUCGCCUUUGAACAACCGGUAUUCGGUAAUAAAGUUUUCAUAAAAUUCUGCCUACUAAAAUUUUCUUUCUUAAAAGGGGUAUUGGUAAAACUUGUUAUUGUAAUGUACCUUGCAACGGUCUUUCUCAAAAUAAAGAGAAAAAAUAAAGACAUUUGCUAGAAAUUUCCAACAAAAGCUUUUCCAUAUAUACAUCAUUUCGACUUUUCGCCGCCACUACACUAGAGACUUCUAAAAUACGUCAUACAAGGGCAAGCCCUUUCUGAUGUACGUCAUGCCCGGCUUUUGUCUGGUCAAAAACAAUCUAGAAUUCAACGUUGCUAUAGCAGUAUUUCAGUAUUUCUUGCGGCUGAAACCACAAAGUUUCACUCGUCAUGAUGAGUCUAAUAUAUGCAUCACUUUUAUAUUGGUGAGUAUUUAAAAUUUACUGGUUUCUCAACCAGUUGCCACGUACCAGCCCACGUAAGGUACGUAUUAAAGAAAUUCUUGCACGAUAAUAGAGCUCUAUUUAC